CAAAAAAGAGGUUAUGUUAAUCAAACAACAAAUUGCAACUUUAUAUUUCGCUAUCUUCGUCAGCAAACAAAUCAAUACACUUCAGAUGAAAAGCAAGUUUUUAUUGCAACACAUAUCAUUCAUCAGCAUUCAGUUUAAUUGCGCACAAUGAGCAACACCAAACACUAUCGUAAAGGCGACGAAAAGCCGGUUUUCCCGAAUGAUGGCAUUUAUCAAUUGUAUUCGAUGCGAUUUUGUCCGUACGUCGCUCGAAUCCAUUUGGUUUUGGACUCUAAAAAUAUCCCGUAUCACACGGUGAAUAUUCAUUUGAAUGAUAAGCCCGAUUGGUUGUUCGAAGCGAACCCACUUGGCAAAGUACCCGCUUUGCAACUUGUUGAUAAGCCAAAUGCACCGUUUGUCUACGAAUCGUUGUUGAUUGCUGAAUACUUGGACGAAGUGCACCCACAAAAUAAGCUCUAUCCAAGCGACCCGUUGGCCAAGCUACAGGAAAAAAUUUGGAUUGAACGUUUCUCAUCGAUCGCAUCGAAAUUCUAUAAUAUCGUCGAUGGUGUGGCUCAGUGGAAUGCAAUUCAAAACGAUCUUGAUGAAUUCGAACGCGAAUUGCAACGUCGUGGUACAACCUACUUUGGCGGUGCAAAAGCUGGAAUUCUUGAUUACGCUAUUUGGCCAUGGUUCCAACGCACCGAAGUGCUUGAUGUGAUUUUCGGCAAAGGAUGCACUUUCAGCGAGGAACGAUUCCCUAAAUUGACCAAGUGGUACAAGACAUUGGUUGAAAACGAUGAUGCUGUGAAGAAAUACAAUUUCCCAAAAGAAGCCUAUGUUAAGUACUACCAAUCACGAUGUGCCGGCGCUGUAGAUUACGAUGUAUUGGUCCAAUGAACUUAAUCUUCCAACACAACAUACAUUCUUUUUUAUAUAUUUUUUUAUCAAAUUUUUUAAGAACAAAAAAAAAAUGCUAAAGAGCAAUUCACAGAAUCCACUUCAGUUCACCGAAAUUAAAUAAAAAGAGUCAGUUUUCCUUUCGAUUAAUUAUCAAA